AGUUCAGCCAGGGAAGAGAAGCAGCUCUUUGCAUCUCUAGUGGAAAAGCAUUUUUUGGCUCGCCAACUUUUACCCGAGGAGGAAUCACCCGGAUUUUUGCAGCAGCUCCUUCGUGUGUUUUUCUCCAGCGGGGACUUGGCGCUGUUGAAGAUCCUUAGCUCCGGACGAGCAACGGGAUUGGACACCUUAUCCAACUCCUCUCCUUCUUCCUGGAGGAUCCUGGUUCUCUCUGGGACACGCUGAGCACUUGAGACAGGAGUUUCCAGCUGGGCACCGGAAGAAAUUUCCCUCCAACUCUCAGUCUGGGAUCCACGGGGACCGACCGGCUCGCUCUGCGGUGAUUUCUGAUUUGGUUGUGUUUGUGUGGAAAAGUCCUUGGAGGGGGGUUUCGGAGUCUCUGUGUGUCUCUCAGGAAGUGUUGUGGUGGGGGUUUUUGGGAGCUAGCUCCAGUGCCAGGGCUCAUAACCCAGUUCUUUCCCUGUUUGACACUCGCACGGUCGCGGCCAUGCAGUUGGAUAAUGUCACCAACGCGGGCAUCCACUCCUUCCAGGGGCAUCGUGGAGUGGCCAACAAGCCCAAUGUGAUCCUGCAGAUUGGGAAGUGCAGGGCAGAAAUGUUGGAGCACGUCAGGAGGACCCACAGGCACCUCCUGACCGAGGUCUCCAAGCAGGUGGAGCGGGAGCUGAAGGGUUUGCAGAAAUCCGUGGGGAAGUUAGAGAACAACUUAGAGGACCAUGUCCCAACUGAAAACCAGAGGUGGAAAAAGUCCAUCAAGGCCUGCCUGGCCAGAUGCCAGGAGACCAUUGCCCACCUGGAGAGGUGGGUCAAGAGGGAGAUGAAUGUUUGGAAGGAGGUGUUUUUCCGCUUGGAAAAGUGGGCUGACCGCCUGGAGUCCAUGGGGGGCAAAUAUUGCCCCGGGGACCAGGGCAAGCAGACGGUGUCUGUGGGGGUGGGAGGCCCUGAGAUCAGGCCAAGUGAGGGGGAGAUUUAUGACUAUGCCCUCGACAUGAGCCAAAUGUAUGCCCUGACCCCUCCCCCCGGGGAGGUGCCCAGCAUCCCCCAGGGCCACGAUUCCUACCAGUGGGUCUCUGUGUCCGAGGAUGCUCCGGCCUCCCCGGUGGAGACCCAGGUGUUUGAGGAUCCCCGGGAGUUCCUGAGCCACUUGGAGGAAUAUUUAAAGCAGGUGGGUGGGACUGAGGAGUACUGGCUGUCUCAGAUCCAAAACCACAUGAACGGCCCAGCUAAAAAGUGGUGGGAAUACAAGCAGGACUCCGUCAAGAACUGGGUGGAGUUCAAGAAGGAGUUCCUGCAGUACAGCGAGGGCACCCUGACUAGGGAUGCCAUCAAAAGGGAGCUGGAUUUGCCCCAGAAAGAGGGGGAGCCCCUGGAUCAGUUCCUUUGGCGCAAGAGGGACUUGUACCAGACCCUCUAUGUGGACGCCGACGAGGAGGAGAUUAUCCAGUACGUGGUAGGAACCCUCCAGCCCAAACUGAAGCGCUUCCUGAGCUACCCCUUGCCCAAGACCUUAGAGCAGCUGAUCCAAAGAGGGAAGGAGGUCCAGGGCAGCAUCGAGCACUCUGAGGAGCCCAGCCCACAGAGGACCCCCGAGAUCCAGCCAGGGGAUUCCGUGGACACCGUGCCUCCCUCAACCACUGCCAGUCCCGUGCCGAGCAACGGGACCCAACCUGAGCAGCCCCCCAGCCCCCCAGCCACUGUCAUAUGAGCUGCUCUGCAGCGCUCUGGGUGAAGUGCAAGGGAGAAGGGGGCUUAUUUAGGAAGCUUCUCCUUGGAGAGAGGCUCUGGCUGAGACAGGACAUGAGGUGUGCUCAGCCCAAGAGCCCAGGGCAGAGGGGUUGUUAACUUUGCUCGUGGGGGGAGGGAGGUGGUGGGGCAGAGGCACCUUAGGGUGGGGUUGCCUACCUCAGCUGAGCCCUGCAAGGCGGGGGUGUUGGAGACCCCGCUGGCACCACUGGGGGGAACAGACCAUUUUAUGAGAUCCCUGACGAGAAACCAGAGACAAUUCCCAACUUCUGAAGCAGCCGCUCGGCACUGGCGGCUCUCCAGGACUUCACACGAGUGCAGCAAUUGGCUGAGGGUUCCUACCCAUCUGGAUCUCUCCUUUUCCUUCUCUCCUCCCUCUUCGGAGGAGGUGAUCCUGUCCUAAGGACACAGCUUUCUUUUGACCCUUGCCUGUUUCUGAUUAACCACCAGGCUUCUGCUCUCUUUGCAAUCUCCUGCUCUUACUUGCUCCAAAGGAUUAAAUUAUUUUUUUGAUUAUUUUUUUGUUUUGUGAAGGAAAAAAAAUCCUAUUACUUCAGGAAUUGAAAGCUUUAAGAGUCUGGAUUAUUUCUGAUGUUUUUCAUUUCUCUGCACCUAAUACCUGCUUUAAUGUGUUUCCUCUCGAGAGGCUUUAUUGGUUUACUCCUUGUCUGAGUUUCUGCUCAUUCCAAUCAAGGCCACUGCAGUGCAGAGGCAAAUUUCCCCCUUUCUCUGCACAUUAUCCUGUGCAUUCAGCAGGAAACAGAUUUCCUAAUUAAAUUGUGGGCUCAUUUAUUGAAGGAGCAGUCUGCUUCCUUUCAGGGAGGGCAUCCAGGUGGAGAGAGGAGACACCAGAGCUCUUUUGAGAGGGUGGGGGGAGGGAAGGGAAAUCCAAAUCCUUAUUCUUUGAACGAAACAAACAAACACAUCCCAAAUUCAGAGCAAAACAUCCCCAGAGCAGCAAAUCGAGUCCACGCUGAUGUGUGGAGGCAACAGGAGCUUUUGCCAUGUAAAAGCAAAGAGAAGAUGUGAAAAGAGGACGUGUGUGCCCAGCACAGCUUCAGCAAAGAGCUUCUGUUCACACAGACAGGCUCAAAAUGCUCUUGGAAAGCCUGGAAUGCCUGUCCUGGAGCACCUGAGGACAGAGCAGUGUCUGCUCACAAGGAACUUUCUACAACAUCUAUCCAUGGAUGGAGGUGGACUUGGACUUCGUGACUUUUUCCGUGUGGAGACAGUAAAUGCUCAGUGUUCAUCUGUGGCCAGAGUUUGAGGAUGGGACUUUAGAGAUGAAAGACAUUCAUGAAGUUUGGCUCUUCAAAGCUUCUAGAGGCUGGAGCAUUAUCUUGAGCAUCAUCUGCAUUCACCACCAGCCCAAAUGAACAGCGCCUGUGCAGGAGAUGGAGCAGGGAUGCAGCAGCAGGAGUGACCCUGGGAUGCUCCUGGCACUACCACAGCAGGGACACGUGGCACUGGUGGCUCAGAAGGCCUUGGCUGCGACUCCUUCCAAGAGGCUGAAGUGACUCACUCAGAUCCUCCUCUGAGAAGGAAUCACUUCACAGCACUCAGGAUUUGGAAGGAAAGGCCCAGAAAAACCUUCAAACCCAAGGAUUUGACAUCAGACCUGCUCUCAGAGUCCACAGCCACCAGCUGCCAGCUCCACCAGCUGAAGGAAAGACUGGCACAGCAAUCCCUGCUGCUGUUGCUGAGCUUCCUUCUCUGUGCCCAAGAGCUUUCCCAGGGAAGAAGCUGCAGGAAGACCGAGGGCAAAUCCUGCACCAAAGAGCCUCCCUGUGUUCAAGGUGCUGAGAGUCCCAGUGAAAGGGGGAAGCCACUUCCAACAGCAUGAAGAAAAGUCUGAGCUGGUUCAGAUAUUCCAAGCACAGAAGAAAGUGCUGAGAAUGGAAAGAGAAGCCAAGAGGCCAGAAGAGAAGAAGCAAGUGCAGGUUUUGGGGACAGCAAAGAUGCUGGGCUUGUGCUGACUGUGUGUUGAGAUGACAACAAACCUCUGCGAUUUGGGGCCGCUGGGACUCACCUGAAGAACUCUUCACCAGAUUAUCAGCUCCAAAAAACUUUCCUGAUUAACUUUGCCAAAAGGCUGACCCUUCUUAGGCUACGAACCCUCCAGGCUGUCAAUGCUGCAACUCAUUUUUCCUGAGUUUUUCGGGGGGAGCUUCAUUUCAUGCGGGUACAAGUUUCAAACCUCAAAGGGCUCCGGAGGUUCGGAGAAGCAUCCCGGUGUUCCUGAUGCUUGUCUGAACUCGUGGAGCCUGCACAACUGUCUUGCCAGAGAGGAGAGUGUUGGGAGGCAGCAGGAGCUCUCUGGAUCUGCAUGGGCCAGAGUUACUGCAAGAACUGGGGUUCUUGUGCUGGCUCUGGGGGGACUGUUUCCAUCCAGACCCAGGGAGCCCAAAGGGACGAGUGAGUUGGACGAGGCAGUUUUGCUUCACAUCUCAGCUCAAGGGGUCCAGUUGGUUCCUCUCUCUUCCAGAGCCAACUGUCCUGGGGGUGUGUGGGUGUGUGUGGUGUUGCUGUGGGGGUGUGUGUCGGGCAAACAAAUCCACCUCAGCCCAGUUCUGGGGUGGACCCAGGGUACAUUCCAACAAGGCUCAGCAAAAAUGUCCGGGACCAGAAAAUUCUGGAAAACCAUGUCAAGCCAGACUCCACAGGCAUCAUCUCAAGGUCAGAAUGAUGUUUGAUUUUGAGGUGCUUAAUUUUCACAGUCCCUUUCAAGGGACUUGACUGCCUCAAUAGGCAUUUUAUUUUUUUUCCCCAUAGGCUUUCCUGCCUUUUUAAUGAAUUAGCCUGUCUGUGCUACUUGGUUGUUUGGUCCUGAGGUUUAUACAUUUUCAACUGCCUUUUUGGAGUGUGAAGAACUGAAUCUCCUGGACUGAUUUUAUUUCACCUGUUGCUCCUGGCAAAUUGGAGCUUUACUUGUAGCACCCUGGUUUAUAUUACCAGCCUCCCCAGGAAGGGCUGGUAGUUUAUUUUCCUGGGGCAGAGCCACAUGAAUGAAGAAGUGUGUAUGUGUUUUGUCUCUGAAACUUCAGCAGAUUUCAACCACUGCGGUUUUUUUUUCCUCCUUAGGCAGUUUUACAUUUGAACUCUGACAAAACUUCUUUAGAGUUUUUUAUUUUUACUAGAGAUCUUCUUAAUUCAAGCAACCUUGUACAAAAGGCAAACCCAUUGAAUCGCUGCAGGUUGUAGGGGUUGAAGCCAAAGGUCUUUGUAAGCCGACAUCACCUGCCCUGGAUCUGACUGUAUCAGGCAGUUUAUUCCUCAUGUGUCAUGUUGGAGCUACAAGAUCACCCCAAGCCACUAGAACCUGUCAAUAGAAUAGUGCUACACUCUAUUUGCUAUUGUAGCAAAGCCUUUUGUAGAUUUAUACAAUAAAACUUUGAAAUAUUCUGCUUCAA